GUAGGACUGCCUACCUCGUAGUACAGCCAAACGGACCUAACUACGAACCAAGUCUUGUGGUAGUGAUAGUACUGUUACAACAACUACUAUCGUUUGCAUGAGUCGUCGUCGCGACGGCUUUGCCGUAUUGCGUCCCGUCAGUCGAGCGGUGCCGUCGAGUCGAACCAUCCGGGACGACAGUCGCUUGCCGGACGCCUUGGUCGUGACGCCCGUCGUCGUCGUCCCGGCAGCAGAACCCGUUCCCGACGACGGUGUCCCGCCUCUCCUGACUGCCGUUCCCAAGUGCGAGCGGUGUGGGGCACCCCAUCCGGAUCACGUCACACACUUUGGUCCUUCCACUCCGGCACUCCUACUCUGUUUUCUCUGUGGACACCACCAAACGCACCAGGCAUCUUCCUCCGCAACCAUCCCAUCAUCCUCCGUAUCAGGGUCAUCAUCUGCGUCCCAAUCAUCCUCGUGCGUCUUUACUUUGCCCUUACGGUGGCCCCCAUCUUUGGAUUCUUCUCCCCCCACUCCGUCCUACCGCGUCCCGGCCCGGGCCUGUCCACCCUUGUGGUUCCUCGUCCUGGAUGGUUCCUGCCACGAACGAUCCUACUGGCAAGCCGUCACGCAAGUACUGUCCGAAAUAUUACAACCCGCCAACGACAACAGUGCCGAUACCACGGCGCCACCGGAACACGUACACGUGAGUAUACUCCUCGCCUACACCACCACCAGUGGCACCAACGACGACAACAAUGCCCACCACACCACCCACACCCCAAACAACACCCCCAACAACAACCCCAACAACACCCCAAACAACACCCACAACGUGCUCGCCGUCUGGCAACUGGAUUCUCCGUAUCCACACGUUCAACACCGUUCCAGUGCCGAACCCGACGCCGAUGAUUUACUCCGACAUUUGGCCCACAGUCCGGUACCCUUGGACGGAGCCCACGUCCCACACGUGCACGCGGCUCUCCGGACUUUGCUCGAUUACGUCCCGUCCACACCCGACGCACGCUUUCCCCUCGCUUGGACCGUCCGGGCAGUCCAAGCGACUCUCGACGAGUACGGACACGCCGCUGGACUCCGAGAGAACCACAAUCAUCACGACAACCACCACCACCACAACAACAACCAUCACGACACGACACGGUUACCCUACGCCGGAGCCAAACUCACCGUACUCCUCGGUUCCCGACCCACCGGAAUAUCCCAACGUGUACGGAAACACGAUAACUCAGUCGGACUUGGUGGUGUUGGUGGACGUAUCGGCAAUAGUCCCGGACAACGAUUCCCCACUCCACAGCCACAACGCGGCAAGCACCAGCCGGAUCUCACACCCUCGGCUCUACAGGAAUACUAUCAACCCACCACGCCAUCCGUGGAGGUGGAGUACUCCGCGUUGGGUCGCGCCUGUGCCCGGGUAGCCAUGGGUGUGGAUGUCUUGUGUCUCGUUACCGAACCAUCCCAAUCAAAAGCCGACACCAGCCCGCACACGUUUGUACCCCCGACCGAUUUCGGAAUCGCCCUCUGGAGUAGCCUCACAGACACUAGUGGUGCGCCGGGGCCCUUGCUCCUGGAUGUUACCACCGAGACCGGAAGGGAACGUCUGCAACGGGAAAUCCAGGCACGCGUCCCUUGGAAUCCCGCUUUGGUCUUUGGGGGUGAACUGCGCUUGCGUCUGCCGGCCGGCUACGCGGUGGACGAAACGGUUACGGCCUCGCCCACCGCAACCAACGACCACCCCGAUGACACGGAUGGCCCACAACUGGCGGCCGUCUUUUAUAAGGCCGGACUUUCCGGACCUGCCAGUGCCGUCCAACCGCAACUCUGGAAACUGGGCACCGCCGAUCCGUACACAACCCUGGCAAUCGAUCUCAAGCUGGAAAAAGACACCAUACCGCAUCGGCUCCACGUGCCCGGCUUGGGUGAAGUGUCACUCCCACCGACUCUGCAAACAUGCUUCGCCUACACCCGCAUCGUCCACCACGCACCCACGAAUCAGUACGAAACACGCCGCGAAAUUCGGAUCGCCAGCAUCCGCCUACCCCUGGCGCGUACGGUAGAAGCCUUGUACGAUAAUUUGGAUCCGGAAGCGCUCGCGGUCGUACUUUUUCAUAAACUCGCCUUGGCCGGUCUCCAAGACGGCGUGGCGGAAAUUCCCGUCGUCGCCAGCGCCUGGCUGCAAUCGCUACUGGCCAGUGCCUACCGCUCCGCGGUGGAACAGGAUCGACUCGAGACGGAAUUGCACGAACAAGGUCUGGAACCGGACGGAAAGUUUCACGCCAUGCAGCGGGCACCGGCGGCUCCGGACCGUCCCCUCAUGACGUAUUUGUUGCUCCAAUCGGAUGCGCUCCGGGCCUCGGGGUCACCGUCCUUGGAUCAACGCAUGGCCGCCUUGCUGCAAAUGGCCUCCAUGCCACCGGAAGUCUUGACACGGUGUAUUGCGCCGCGGAUUCAAUUGUGGGCCAGUGGGGCCGAGGACGACGAGCCCUUGGUAGAUGUUUUGGAAUUGCGAUCGGAAGACAUUCAAAUGGCCGUCAUGGAGCAGAGUCAGACGCAAAGAGAACUCAUCCUACUGAUCGACACGCCGGACCAAACCACUGUUCUGGAUGCUCGGUACGUAAAUACGCACGUCAAGGAUGGAACGGCCAAGCCGCUCGUGGUGGGACGGGGGUUGCGACACGCCAUUGCCGAAACCGCCGUCAGCUACCGGACGCCACCCACGAUUGUGUAUGAACUGGAUCAAACGAGUACGGGAGGGGAACGGACCUUUGCGAGACUCCUGGAUGCCUUGGUGGAAGAUGCCCCCAGUCCGGAUGGACAUGAAAAUUAUGACGGAUGGAAACGAGAUGUGGCCGCAGCGGUACUCGAGGAACUGGAAAAGGACGAAUUCGACUAGUUGUUCCUAGUGAAGGCAACUAUUCGAAUGAAACGUUCCCGUAUAGGCUUUUGAUAAUGGCUAUGCACAUGUGCAAA